AUGAUGGCUGAUACAACUAACGAGGAGUUAUCCGCUCUCGAUGUAGACGGCCACGGCACGCACACGGCAAGCACCGCCGCGGGCGCCGUGGUUCCCAACGCGAGCCUCUUUGGCUACGCUAGCGGCAACGCUCGUGGAAUGGCUCCCACAGCCAGGAUUGCGGCCUACAAAGUCUGCGGGGACAAGGGUUGUAUGGGAUCAGACAUACUCGCCGGCAUUGAGAGUGCGAUUCAAGACGGAGUCGACAUCCUGUCCAUGUCCCUCGGUGGUCCACCCGCGCUGUAUUACAAAGAUCCCAUUGCCAUCGGAACUUUUAGGGCCAUAGAAAAAGGGAUCUUCGUCUCGUGCUCGGCCGGAAACUCAGGCCCAGCCAAUAGGACGGUCUCGAAUGUCGCGCCGUGGAUUAUGACCAUUGGCGCUAGCACAAUCGAUCGGGAUUUCCCGGCUUACGUCACUCUAGGCAACAACAAAAACUUCACAGGCGUGUCGUUGUACAGUGGGAAAGGCAUCGGGACAGAGUUGGUAGAGUUAGUCUACAGCCCAGGCGGCAACGAGUCGAGCAAUCUGUGCUUGUCAGGGUCCCUUGACGCCGCCCAAGUGAAGGGCAAGGUGGUGAUCUGCGACAGAGGGGAAAACGCGCGGGUGGAGAAAGGGGAGGUGGUUAAAGCAGCCGGAGGCUUGGGGAUGAUACUGGCCAACACAGCGGAAAACGGCGGGGAGGAGCUGGUGGCCGACAGCCACGUUCUGCCGGCGGUGGCGGUGGGGCAGAUGUCGGCGGAGGCGAUAAAAAAAUACCUCAAGACGCACAAGAAGGUGACUGCGAUGUUGAGCUUUGGGGGAACGGUGGUGAAUGUGAAGCCGGCACCGGUGGUGGCCGCGUUCAGCUCGAGGGGCCCGAACACGGUGACGCCGGAGAUCCUGAAGCCCGACGUGACCGGGCCCGGCGUCAACAUCCUGGCGGCAUGGACAGGGGCUGCGAGUCCCACGGAGAUGCCACUGGACACCAGGAGAAGCCCUUUCAACAUCAUAUCAGGUACAUCCAUGUCGUGCCCGCACAUAAGUGGGCUGGCGGCCCUUGUGAAGGCGGCCCACCCGGACUGGAGCCCGAGCGCGAUCAAGUCGGCCCUCAUGACCACAGCCUACACCCUCGAAAACACCAACACCCCCAUCAGUGAUGCCAACGACAGGUCCUACGCGACCGCGUACGCCAUGGGCGCUGGCCACGUGGACCCGAUCAAGGCCCUCUCCCCGGGCCUCGUGUACAACACCACCCGGCGCGACUACCUCGCCUUCCUAUGCUCCCUCGGCUACAGUCCGACCAAUAUUCUGGCCAUCACCAGGAGCAGGAAGCUAACGUGCGCCAGCCUUAAGUCCCAGUUCAAGACCCCGGCCGAUCUCAACUACCCCUCUUUCUCCGUGCGGUUUAAAAACACCAGGGUGGUGCGUCUGACCAGGAAGUUGACCAGCGUGGAGCCCGGUGAGUCAGUUUAUAAUGUCUCGGUCAAGAUGCCCCCGAGUGUGAACGUGACCGUGAAGCCGACGACACUUGUUUUCAAUGGCCUUGGGCACAGGUUGAGGUACACGGUCACGUUCGUGUCGAAAAGUGCUUCGCGUAAGGAUGCGUUUGGCUCGAUUUCUUGGAAUAAUGUGAAGCGUGCGGUGACGAGCCCGGUUGCAUACUCAUGGCAUUGA